AUGAGCUUCGUUAAGGUUCGGCCAAUCAGGUGGCAGCACGUGGCAACAGAGGCGUCAAGGGGCGCCACCCGCCUGGUGCCUGUGUUCCCGCUUCGCCUCUACGACCCCCUCCUCUUCUCCCUCCGCUCCAUCCCUCCCUUCCACACCUUCCAUCCUGUUCUUCCGAACCAACAACCAGACCAGUGUGGGAGAGUGAGUGUGGGGGUGAGGAUUCAGGGCGUCCCUGUGAGUACGCUGGCUACUGGCCCGGCAGCAGCUUCGGGGCAAGGUGGUUCGAGGCAUGAUGGUUUGGGGCAAGGUGGUUCGGCAUGGAGUGCCUUGGAUCGGGAGAUGGAACGGCGGCUGCCAGGUCAGCUCCGGCGAGCGCUGCUGCCGUUCCAGAGGGAGGGGGUGGAGUUUGCAGUGGGGAGAGGGGGGCGCUGCCUGAUAGCAGACGAGAUGGGCGUGGGGAAGACCAUCCAGAGGGAGGGAGUGGCGUUUGCAGUGGGGAGAGGGGGGCGCUGCCUGAUAGCAGACGAGAUGGGCGUGGGGAAGACCAUGCAGAGGGAGGGAGUGGCGUUUGCAGUGGGGAGAGGGGGGCGCUGCCUGAUAGCAGACGAGAUGGGCGUGGGGAAGACCAUCCAGGCCAUAGCAGCAGCGGCGUGGUACAUGGCAGAGGGUCCUCUCCUCAUCGUGUGUCCGGCAUGCCUCAGACUGCAGUGGGCCGAGCAGCUGGAGAGAUGGCUGCCCUUCCUGCGCCCGUCUCAAAUCCACAUUGGUAAGCCUCUGCCCUCGCAGCAACCAGGUAACAGCUGGCGUGGGUGCUAUGAGCUGCCCUCUCCUCAUCGUGUGCCCGGCGUGCCUCAGGCUGCAGUGGGCCGAGCAGCUGGAGAGGUGGCUGCCCUUCCUUCGCCCGUCUCAAAUCCACAUUGGCUGCAGUGGGCCGAGCAGCUGGAAAGGUGGCUGCCCUUCCUGCGCCCGUCGCAGAUCCACAUAGGUAAGCCUCCUGCCCUCUCCGCACCCAGGCUGCAAUGGGCCGAGCAGCUGGAACGGUGGCUGCCCUUCCUCCGCCCGUCUCAAAUCCACAUUGUGUUUGGCCAGAGGGACGAUCUAGUAGAGGAGGACGAGGGGGAGAGGAAGCUGGGAGCUGGCACGGAAGGUCACUUGAACGGGCACACGGACAAGGAAAAGAGCACAGGUGAGGUUACAUUUCAGAGACAGAGGGACGAUCUAGUGGAGGAGGACGAGGGGGAGAGGACGCUGGGAGCUGGCACGGAAGGUCACUUGAACGGGCACACGGACAAGGAAAAGAGCACAGGUGAGGUUACAUUUCAGAGACAGAGGGACGAUCUAGUGGAGGAGGACGAGGGGGAGAGGACGCUGGGAGCUGGCACGGAAGGUCACUUGAACGGGCACACGGACAAGGAAAAGAGCACAGGUGAGGUUACAUUUCAGAGACAGAGGGACGAUCUAGUGGAGGAGGACGAGGGGGAGAGGACGCUGGGAGCUGGCACGGAAGGUCACUUGAACGGGCACACGGACAAGGAAAAGAGCACAGGCAGUGGGAUUGAACUAGUGGAGGAGGACGGGGGGAAGGGGGCGCUUGGAGGUGGCAUGGAUGGCAAGAACGAUUUCAUGGAGGAGUACGAAGGGGAGUGGGCUCUCGCUUUGAGACGUCUCAAAAAAGGAGAGGAGUACGAAGGGAGAGGGCUCUCGCUUUGA